CUAGGAGAAGAAGAGAAGAGAGCGAGGGAAGGGAACGUAAACAUGAGAAGUGGGACACUUAAUUCAUCCUUUUCAUUUUAUGUAAUUAAGCCCGGAAAACAGAUUUUUCAAUGCAUGUAAAUCAUAUCUAAAGAGAAGAAGCAAGCAGGAGGAAUUACUCCAGGAUAAACUACUAACAUACUAUUGUAAAGAUGGAGUUUGAGGAAGAACCCUGCAGAAUAAAAGAUGAAGAUACAGAGGAACUAAUUGACCUGAUGGAAGUAAAUGAAGACAAACAGCAUUAUUUCACAAAUGAAGAUGGAAAACUGACAUAUAAAAAUGAAGAUAAACAACAUCUGUUUCAACAAUAUCAUAAUUUAAAAAAUGAAGAUACUGAAGAGAAUACUAAAGUGAAUUUCACACAAAAACAAGCUGGAAAAUCUGGAGUCGGAGGAUCUUUAAUCUGCUCUGAGUGUGGAAAGAGUUUCACAUAUAAAUCAACCCUUAACAGACACAUAAGAGAACACACUGGAGAGAAACUGUUCAGCUGCUCUGAAUGUGGAAAGAGUUUCACAGAUAAAUCAAACCUUAACAAACACACAAGAUCUCACACUGGAGAAAGGCCUUAUACAUGCACUCAGUGUGGAAAGAGUUUCAGACAUAAAGGACACCUAAAUGACCACAUGAGAUCUCACACUGGAGAAAAACCGUUCACCUGCUCUGAGUGUGGAAAGAGUUUCAGACGCAAAGAAGAAGUAAAUGUGCACAUGAGAAUUCACACUGGACAAAAUCUGUUCACCUGCUCUGAGUGUGGAAAGAGUUUCAUUCAGAAAGGAAACCUUAAGAGACACCUUAGAAUUCACACUGGAGAAAAACUGUUCACAUGCACUCACUGUGGAAAGAAUUUUGGUUACAAAAGCACUCUUGAAGAUCAUCAGCGCUGUCACUCUGGAGUGAGAUCAUUCAGCUGUGAUCAGUGUGAUAAAACAUUUGUUUUGGCAUCAAGCUUAAGAGCACACCUUAAUGUUCAUACUGCUGUGAAGCCUCACGUUUGUUCUUUUUGUGGAAAGAGUUUUACACGACUGCAAAAUUUAAAAGAGCAUGAGAGUAUUCAUACUGGUGUGAGACCUCAUGUGUGCUCUGACUGUGGGAAGAGCUUCGUUAUAUCAAGCAACUUAAAAUCACACCAGAGAGUUCAUACUGGAGAGAAACCGUACAAGUGCUCACACUGUGCAAAGAGUUUCAACCGAUUAUCUCAUCUGCAGGCUCAUAAAAAAAGUGUUACCCGAAGUGUACUAAAUUAAUUUUCCAAAGUUAAUUUUCAGAUCAUUUUCAACCACAAAAUGGCGACAUAAUCUGAGAGAGAAAUGUAGAAAAAAAUGACACAGGCAUGGUGAGGAUUGUUGAAAAUUAAGAGGGAGGUCUCAAAAUGCUCCAAUUUUAGAUGGAAUUGUUUAUUUUAUGUUUGGGAGUAUAUAGUGAAAUUAGAUAGCACCAUCAAUAUUUUGUACAAAUCCAUUCUGUUAGUUUGGCUGUUAAGAGGUGAUGUACUAUUAUUAAUGUCAUUCCUAAUAUUUAUACUUUGUAUUUAGAUUUUGUUACAAGAAAAAAGAAACAAAAUGUGUACUAUUUGAGUGGCUUAAAGGGAUAGUUGCCCAAAAAUGAAAUUUGUAAUUAUUUACUCACCCUCAAGUUAAAACCUGUAUAAGUUUUUUUGAUCUGUUCUACACAAAGGAAGAUAUUUACUAUCACUUGUUGUUUUUCAUUUAUUUUCUUGUCAGAGUGCAACAGAAUGUUUUGUUCACAUGUUAAAAUCACAACAAUUUUCUCCUGGGGGAGGAUGCCCCCAGAACAUUAUGCACCUCCCUACAACAAUUUAGCUUGUCAAAAAGCUUUUUCAUCGCUUUUGAGUUUGCAGGUCUGAGCCCGAGAGUGGCACACCCAGUUUUUCUGAUGCACACCCAGAGUCCAUUGUGAAAAGAUUUAGGGAAUCCAGAGAAAUCUCAGUCCGUGUCAGGCAAGGCAUCAAGAAUUGCAACUCAAAUCUCUGUUACGCAAGGAGAACGCUAUAUCUGUUCAAUGCAGAGAUGCUGCCUCCUCAGAGAUGCAGUUGCCAAUGAAGAGAUGCAGUUCUCUUGGCCCAAGCUCAUCUCAAAUAACAUUGGAAAUGUGUAAUGUGAUCUGAAGAGUCCACCUUUCAGCUUGUUUUUGUUUAUCUAAACAUGUAACUUAAUAAAUAGCCUACCUAUA